UGAGACCUCUUCUUUUGCGCGUUAUGUGACAAAAACGCGCAGAGGAAUCAUGAAAAAAACGCAUGAACUGAGAGCGAUGAUGCGCGUGGAGAUUAAUGAUUAAUACUGGUAUCGAUCAUCUGUGUUUUGGGGAUUUGGCCUCUGUUUGAAUAAGGCCUCAGUGUCCCUGUGUGGGUGGUCUUAUUAGCAUAUAAUCUGGACAUUUUAUUCUUCUACGUGCAUUUACAGCCUCUUAUUAGACUUUCCAGGGGGGUUUAUUUCCUCAUAUGGACCUGUGAUCGGAUCGACUUAUUCUUCAGUCCGAAAAGCCUUCAGCGGAGCAAAAUAUUCCACAUCCAGUGACAUAAAACUGAGUUCAACCAUGAAACUGUCGCUGUGCUGUUUUCUCCUGACAGUCGGACUGACCGUGGGGUACCGCAGCCCGCUGAAUGACUUCCAGCGCUCUGAGGGCAGGGAGCUCGUUCCCACGGCCUGGAACUCAGCUCGAGUACUGAUGUUACCGGGCCUGAACCUGGAGGAAUGUGCCACACAAUGCUCACAGUCUCUGGACUGCAGAGCUUUCAACUAUGAGACUCGCCCGACCAUCACCUGUAAACACCUGCCCUGGGUCGGGGACGGCAGCAACGCCGAGGUGAAAAGAAACGUCAACUGUGACCUUUACGAGAAGAAAGUCUACGUAAGAAAGUGCAUUGUGGGUAAAGGGGAGGACUACAGAGGGAAGGUGUUCACGACCAGAAGUGGCCUCACCUGCCAACAGUGGUGGUCCAAGUUUCCACAUGAUCACAGGUGGACUCCCACAGCCACCAACGGCCUGGAGCUGAACUACUGCAGGAAUCCAGAUGGAGACCGGAUCGGCCCAUGGUGCUACACCACCGAUCCUGAGCGACGCUACGAAAGCUGCAACAUCCCCCAGUGCAAAGACGAGGUGUGCAUCACCUGUAAUGGAGAGGACUACAGAGGGCAGGUGGAUCACACUGUGAGUGGCAGAGAGUGUCAGAGAUGGGACCAGCAGUAUCCUCAUCAGCACAUCUACCAGCCUGAGAAGUAUCCUGAUAAAAGUUUAGAUGAUAAUUACUGCCGUAACCCUGAUGCCUCUCCAGUUCCCUGGUGUUACACCACAGACCCUGAGGUGGAGAGAGAGAACUGCGAGAUCAGCAAGUGCACUGAGGUACGUGUGGAGAAACGCCAGCGCUCCAGCUUCACCACCAACUGUUUCCGCGGCCGAGGGGAGGAUUACCGCGGAAAAGUCAAUGAGACCACGUCGGGUAUCCCCUGCCAGAGGUGGGAUGCACAGUACCCUCAUGAGCAUCCCUUCUACCCAAAUACAUAUGAAUGCAAGGGUUUAGAGGAAAACUACUGCCGUAACCCAGAUGGGUCGGAGGCUCCCUGGUGCUUCACAUCUGUACCAGAAAUGAGGACUGCUCUGUGUUUACAGAUCAAACGCUGUGCAGACGACAUCGAAGCUGAAGAUUGCUACCAUGAAAAUGGAAGGAACUACAGAGGAAUGGUUCGCAAAACCCGUAAGGGCAUCACCUGCCAGAAGUGGAAUGUUAACACACCUCACCGAACCAAGAUAAACCCCAGAACACAUCCUGAGGCCAAUCUGACAGAAAACUACUGUCGUAACCCAGACGGGGACCAGCACGGACCCUGGUGCUACACCACCGACCCCAAAACUGAGUUUGACUACUGUGCCAUCAAACAGUGUGCGGGAGAGAAAGUGUCCAUUACUGAACCAGUAGAAAAGGUGGAGUUUAGUGAGUGUGGAAAAAGAGAGGACCGGCUACCGAGUACGAGGCUGCGUAUUGUACAUGGAAUUCCUGGAAACUCGCCGUGGACGGUGAGCCUCAGAGACAGGAAAGGAAACCAUUUCUGUGGAGGAUCCCUGGUCAACCCCAGAUGGGUGAUCAGCACCAAACAGUGCUUCUCCUCAUGCUACGUGGAUCUGCCUGGAUACUCGGCCAUGAUGGGAACACUAUUUCGUGAUCCACAGGAAGGGGAACCCGGUGUUCAAACCAUCCCACUCACCAAGAUCGUGUGUGGACCCUCUGAGUCUCAGCUGGUCAUGCUACAACUGGAAUAUCCUGCUCAGUUUAAUGAGCGUGUCUCUCAGAUCUGCCUUCCUCCUGAGCGCUACAUUGUCGCUGAAGAGACUAUGUGUGAGAUCGCUGGAUGGGGUGAAACGAGAGGGACUGGAGAUGAGACGGUCCUCAAUGUGGCUCACAUACCAGUGAUCAGCAACAGGGAAUGCAACAAGUACUUCAGAGGCCGGGUUCGUGAGAAUGAGAUGUGCACGAACAGUUUCCAAGGCGGGGUCGGAGCCUGUGAGAGAGACUAUGGCGGCCCAUUGGCGUGUCAGAACAGGGACUGCUGGGUACUUGAGGGUGUGAUCAUCCCCAUGCGGCGCUGUGGACAUCCAGGACAGCCCAACAUCUUCAUCCGUGUGUCCGUCUACGUGGACUGGAUCAAGAAGGUCAUGGAGAUGGCUUAGAGACGGACAUGAACAUCAUGAAAGGACUGAACAAAUGUGACAUUAAACCCAAUAACAACACCUGCUUUCCUUCGUCUUAUAUGUGAAUGAAAUAUGAAUAUGAGGUGAAUAUUUAGAUUUUAUUUUUAGGAGUUUGUUUGUUACAGGUAGACACAUUUAUUAAAAGACAGGGACUUCGUAGCCAAAUUAUUUCUGCUCUAAAUUUGUUUUUAUGUGUAUUUACAUUUAGUUAAUCCUCUUAGUCAAAAUAGCAAAUAUUAAGUGCAUCAGCAGGGUCAUUUAAAUUCAUGACUUGUGGCUUCAAGUAAGCAAAUGCCUACGCAGAAAACAUUUAUAUUACCCCCCCUCACCAAAAAAUAAAAAAUAAAAAAUUACUUAUGCAACACAAAGAGCUAUGCAGAGCUUUAUCCUACAAAUGUAAGUAAAGUUGUACAAAUUUGUAUUAUUUAUUCAUUCACAAAUGAAAAGAUGCAGGGAUUGAAAGUAAUUGCAGCCCCUCAGGUUUACAGAAAAAUAAUAACUGGAGUUAAUUAACUUUGAAUAACAGGGGAGGUGUGGAGGUUUACACAUUUUUUCCCCUAACAUCCCCUGGAAAUGCACCCUUUACCACAAAACUGUACGCCUCCCUCCUCUCCUGGCAUUGAAUGGAGCUCCAAAAUACCUUCUUUGCCCCCAGCCUCAAAAGAAAUCCCUCCUCUGCCUGUCUUUUGAUGCCUGCCCCCACCUCUAAAGACAUGCCUUUGUGCCUUAUGCAGAACUGUAUGCGCUGCACAUUCUUUCUAGUUCUAUAGGAGGAUUUUUGUAACCCGGUCCUGAUGAGCCCACGGAAUUCAGCUUAAAUAAACCUCAAGAUCAGAGUCCGACAGAAUCUCAGACACACCAGCCUGCAGAAGGCCACUGAACUCUCUCGCGCUUUAACACACACACGGUUUCUUUCCUGAACUCACCCUUCCCCCUCUCUUGUCCCCCAUUCAACUCUUUUUUUUUUCUUUCACUCAAUAAUUCCCACUUUUCUUUUGUCUUCACAGUUAGAUGAUGUUACUUUAUUAUUUGUAAAAGCAGAACUAAAAGGACAAAAAGGCAGAACAAGUUUCCUGUAAUGAAUGAUGUUCAAUUAUGUUGUAAGCAACUUCUGGAAACAGCAGGUUGACAGUUAUGAUCUCACCAUCAUUCUGUUCACUUUCAUUUACUAAUACUCAUAGUGGAUGAGUAAUCCAAUUCAUAUAUGACUACUAGUUCUCAGCAACUGUUGCUAAAAGCCUCUGGGAAACCUUACUACAAUUUUUAACAAAUGGUUCCA